CUUGAUUGAAUUUCUUUUAUCUUUUUGAUACCUAUAGCGACAGUUCUGAUAUGGAGUAGACGCAAUGCAGACAUCCUUGCUUACAACAUCUCACUUGGUUCAAAUAAGACGGACCUGGGGCUAUUGUCCAUGCAGGGGCGCGCACAGGAGUUACCCUCAUUCCAAUCGCAUUCACAAUAUGUCAACACCAGCUCGCUCCGAGAUCCACUUAAACGUAAUAACAUUAGAGAGAGAGCAGAUGGGGCGAUGGAACAUGCUGUUAAGCCUCCACUGUUAGGACUUGCUAUCAUUCCAGAUCAUGUUUUCGACGAUAGCGAGUUUGAUGAAGAUAACGAUAAUGAUGUUUCAGACUCGAUACAGAAAAGCAUUUCGAAAUUCUCUUUGGUACAAUAUGCGCUGACGGGUGCUGUGUAUUCUCAGGAUUUUGAAAUACGGACCAAGGAGGAUAUAGAGGCAGAAAACAACGCUGUAUUGAGAGAUUCAAUUCUUGAAAACUUUGACACUGAUGUACAUCGGAGAGUAGAUGCAACCUCGGGGAAUGAACUUUCAACUGGAAUCGCAUUUGACCUGAUGACUAAGGUGUCUGAGGUGGACAAAGAGAAGGAGAAUGAAGGGAGUAAAGAAAUACCUACUAAUGAAGAUGUGAUAAUCGACAGAAUGAUUGCAACUGCAGAGGCGCACGUAGCACCUUGGAGAAAGGGUGUUAAGGAGGCUCAAGAUUUAGCAGAUAAAGUGCAGUUAACUAAAGGCGAUGUCCAUGCACACGUGGAUAUGGAUUUACGCUCGUUUUUCUCUAAACUCCAGGAGCACGCCUCGGUCGAUUGGGACGCUUCAACAAAUACAGACUCCGUUAAUAUUGACAAGAAGAUUACCAGUGCCAUGGAGAUAAUCAACAACAGUACCACUCCCAAGGAUAUCUAUGCUUUAUUGGAAGAGAUCGAAUGUAUCAAUUUGCCUACCUUUGAGCGGGACGUGAUUGCACAAGGAGUUAUGCAAAACAUUAAUAUGGAUCCUUAUGAGGCAACGGCCGGAGGAGAGAUCAUUCAUCGUCAAGUCAGGAAGAUAUGGCCUAUUUUCGGCCGAAAAGUAGAUACCUUACUACGAGAUUCGGAAUCCAACGCAGAUGCGAUUGCAACGCUCCUUAAAGAAAUGUACCCCUUCCCUGAAAGUGUCUCGUUGGAACUGUAUCAAGACGAAGAAUCAAGGGAAGAGAGUACCCUCUCGAGCCGGUUGGCGAACAUGAACAUUCCGCCUACUAAUACUACUAACAACGAACAUACUGUACACAGAAUAGUGGGUGGUAAUGGAGAUGAUGCUGUACAGUAUGCUGAAUGGCCUUCAUUGGAAUCGCGACAGACUCGAAGUAGGACAAUAAAGAGGUUGGCUCAAGAUUUGACCCUGUGUUCAACAGUGGUCAUUCGAACAGUGGAACCAGAGAUAACGAGUGGUCAGAAAACAGCAACAACAGAGCUUCCAACGUUUCAAUAUCUCUUUCAAGAUACAACGUCACAGCCGGAGCAAUCCAAAGGACCAUCAGCUGUCACUCUCUCAUCUAAAUGUAGAUCUGUACUAAAUGAGUGGAUACUAGGGGAGAAUCCGGCCAAGUACGUUUAUAAAUUACCAGAAGAGUUUGCUGAUAGUAGGGCAGCAGGAGAUGAUGACGAUGGUGAAGCCAUGAACUCGGAUGAGGCUAGAGAACAUGAAGAACGACUGUUGAAGAUGCGUCGGAAACGAGAGAAACGUGCUCAGAAAAUCAAAUCGGCUCGGAUGAAUGACCUUUCUUAUAAUGUCAAUGCAUUGGGCUCUUCCUCGAUGCCUAUGAUCGGGACGGGUAUCAUUACAAAUCCCUUUAGUGCUAGUUAUUCGCAUGUGGAGGCGGAUGAAGAUGGUGUGUUUUCGUUACCAACAGUGGUCUCGGCUUCUCAAUUAUCACAGUCGAAGAUGAGAUCACAGCAGCAGCAGAAACAACUAAGCUCUAUGAAGGCUAAACCGUUAAAGGGAUCCGUUUCAGCAACAGCACCGUCCACAACCUCAGCGGAAGGAGACUCAUUAUCUCUCGACGUAUUUGAGACCCCGAGCCGCGUGGAUCGCCUCGCGGCGAAAAGCAAGAUCAAGGCCAAGAGUCAAUCACAGAGUCUUUCACAAGAGAGGAACGGACACUUGUGGGGUAACGAGGAUAGCACAUUAACUCAGGAUGGACUGAGCUUUGGCUCUAGCCAAUCCAUGUCUAUGUCACAGCCUGCACUCAGCCUUCCUGUGGAGAAAGGUGGAAGUUUUGAGUCGCUGGAGACAACAGAUCGAUCUGCAAUCUGGGGGGCAAGCCAACCCAUUAUGGGUACAUCUUCAGGAAUCAAGAAGACGAAGCCCAAGGAUAAGGCGAUGAACAAGUCGAAAGAAGGAGAGAAACUCAAGCCUAAGAAGGCUCGCAUGGGUGGAUUUUAAUUUUUGAACUGUCUACUUGCUUUAAUUUGCUUUAAUGAUGUUUUUUUUUUCUUUUAAUUUUUUUUUUAUUUGCUUCAUUCAAUAUUCGACAAACACGAAAUCGUUUUCUAUGGAUAUCUUAUUAGCUUUUACUCCACUUCUUUUUCUUUUUUUCAUUAGAAUAGACAGCACCCCUAAUCUCAUGUAGAAUAAAUAUUCGCACAAGCAUUGUCAGCCUUAUUUGAUAGAAGAAAGAAUGGUUACCCACUUACAAGGCUUGUGCAC